AUCAAUUCAUUCACUGCAAACUCUGAAAUCUGAACUUUCCUGGAUAAUCAGAUUGCAGUUAUAGACUUAUUAGUUCUUUCGGACAAGUUUGAAACAGAAUUUGAGUUGUUUUAGGGUUGGAGUAUUUGGAUUUUGAAAGAGGGGAUAAUUAGAUUACAGUAUAAGUUUGUAGAGAUUUAUUAGUUCUCUUGAACAAGUUUGAAACAGAAUUUGAAUUUGAGUUGGUUUAGUAUUGAAGUGUAUUUUUGAAAGAGGUCACAAAUUCAAAUUGAUUUGGUGGACUAUAAAAACAAAGAGUUUUUUUAAUCCACCAUGUCUAGUGACAAUGCUAGCAGUGAUUACAACUCUGUGAAGGCAAGGGAGCUAUGCCGGCCACCCACUCUGCCUUUGCCAGCUGGUGGAGUGAACCCAAUCCAUGUGGAAGGUGUAGGACACGUAAGCAAUCCACCUCACUGGAAGAGAGCCGCUGAGGCCAUGGAGUGCAGCCACGUGGAGGAAGUGAGAAGAAUGAUUCGACAAUUUUAUCAGGCAGAGAAGGUGGUCCUGCGUGGCACGACCCUAACAGUGGGUCAGGUGACGGCUGUGACCCGGAGAAAGGAGGUGAGUGUGGAAUUGGACGAGGCAAGCGCAAAAUCAAGAGUGGAGGAGAGCGCGAAUUGGGUAGCAAACAACAUAGCGAAAGGAACUGACACAUACGGGGUCACAACAGGCUUCGGAGCCACCUCUCACCGGCGGACGAACAAGGCGGUGGAUUUGCAGCGCGAGCUGAUCAGAUUCUUGAAUGCGGGUGUUUUGGGCGGUGAGGGUCUGCAGCUACCAUGCGAGUACACCAAGGCCGCCAUGCUGGUCCGAGUUAAUACCCUUAUGCAGGGCUACUCUGGCAUCCGGUGGGAAGUCCUGGAGGCCCUGCAGAAGCUCAUGGACUGUAACAUUACUCCCAAAGUGCCCCUCAGAGGAACCAUCACAGCCUCCGGGGACCUGGUGCCUCUGUCUUACAUUGCUGGGUUACUGACUGGGCGCCCGAAUUCCAGAGCCGCGACGGCUCAGGGCGAGGAACUGGAUGCCCUGGAGGCGCUCAAGAGGGCCGGCAUUAAGGGAGGCCCUUUUGAAUUGCAGCCUAAGGAAGGGCUAGCACUCGUCAAUGGCACUGCUGUUGGGUCUGCCGUGGCGGCUUCCGUGUGCUUCGACGCCAAUCUGAUGGCCGUCCUGGUGGAGAUACUGUCUGCCCUGUUCUGUGAAGUUAUGCAAGGGAAGCCCGAAUUCACUGACCCACUGACCCAUGAGUUGAAACACCAUCCAGGUCAGAUAGAAGCGGCGGCAGUAAUGGAAUUUCUUCUGGACGGCAGCGAUUAUGUCAAGGAGGCGAAGCGGGUGCAGGAGACGGAUCCGCUGAGCAAGCCUAAGCAAGACCGUUACGCUCUGCGGACAUCUCCGCAGUGGCUGGGCCCUCAGAUCGAAGUGAUCCGCAUGGCCACUCACUCAAUUGAGCGCGAAAUCAAUUCCGUUAAUGACAACCCAUUGAUUGAUGUGGCCCGGGAUAUGGCACUCCAUGGCGGCAAUUUCCAGGGCACUCCAAUUGGGGUUUCCAUGGACAACACCCGAAUCGCCCUGGCGGCCAUUGGAAAGCUCAUGUUUGCCCAAUUCUCAGAGCUGGUGUGCGACUACUAUAACAAUGGCCUGCCUUCGAAUCUGUCUGGUGGGCCUAAUCCAAGCCUGGACUAUGGCUUCAAGGGCGCCGAAAUCGCCAUGGCUUCCUACACAUCGGAGCUUCAGUACCUGGCCUCCCCUGUUACUACCCAUGUCCAGAGUGCCGAGCAACACAACCAGGAUGUGAAUUCGCUGGGCCUCAUUUCAGCCAGGAAGACUGCAGAGGCCAUUCAGAUCCUGAAGCUCAUGUCCGCCACUUAUCUGGUGGCGCUCUGCCAGGCUGUGGACCUCCGCCACUUGGAGGAAAACAUGCGAGCGGUAGUAAAACAUGUGGUUUUACAGACGGCCAGGAAGACUCUCACCAGUGGUGAAGACGGGUCCCUGCUCCCCACACGCUUCUGCGAGAAGGAGCUCCUCCAGGUUGUGGACCAUCAGCCGGUUUUCUCCUACAUUGAUGACCCCUCCAACCCUUCCUACGCACUCAUGCUUCAGCUCCGGGAAGUUUUGGUCGACAAGGCCCUUGAAUGCCCUGAAGACGACCCCCAGCUCGGAACGCCUCUGCUGUUCCGCAGGAUUCCCAUCUUCCAAAAGGAGUUGAAAGCUCGGCUGGAUGAAGAGAUCCCCCUGGCCCAGAAGAAAUUUCAUGCAAAUGACUUCCCCAUCCCCAACAGAAUCAAGAAAUGCAGAACUUACCCCAUCUAUAAAUUCGUGAGAUCCCAACUGGGUACGGACUUGCUGAGUGGUGCUAAGACACGGAGCCCCGGUGAAGACAUUGAGAAGGUGUAUCGCGGCAUUUGUGAAUCAGAGAAUCUGUUUGGAGAGGUAGUGAUGAAAUGUUUGAACAUGUGGCGCGGUUCUGCAGGGCCCUUCACUCCGCGCUCACAGCAUCCUCCUCUCUCCCCUGCGCCCUUCAAUUCGUCGUAUUGGUCCUGGUUCGACACCGCCAAAUCGCCCUCCGCCACCAGCGGCAGAGGAUUUUGGAACACUGCAAACGCCACUCUCUGAGUUCCUCUUCCAUAGUCCUUUAUUCUUGGUGGCCCAUGAUAGACCCAUUUUCUCCUCUUGCAGAUGCAUCAUGCAAAAGUUUCAGAUUCCCUGUUCCACAGUUAUACAGAGUGAUACAGUCAAUUUUUCUGUUUUUCUAGGAUAUCCUUUAAAUUGAAAGCUCGACAUGCUCGCUGCUGUCAUGAGGGCCCAGGCCAUACUAUCAAUGCUUACACUAUCUCUGUUUUAUACAUUGCAAUACAGUGUUAAUGAAAAUAAGAUUCCCCGAUUACUCUCAAAUGAAAGCUCUUGACAUGCUCGCUGCCGUCAUGAGGGCCCAGUCCAUCCUAUCAAUGCUUUCACUAUCUGUGUUUUAUACAUUGCAAUACUGUCUUAAUGAAAAGAAAAUUCCUCGAGUA